UUAUUACAACUUUUUGUAUUAUUAUCACUCACAUUUUGUCUAUUGUCUUUUAUAAUAUUAAAAAGAAAAAAUGGACCUCAUAUAUUAUCUAAAAUUAAGAUGUACCCUUUUUCAUUUAAAGAUUUAAUUGAAGUAUCUUUAUCAACUGGAACAUUAACCAUAUCAAUUCUUGAUAUUUUCUUGUGCUAUCUUUAUCUACUUGUUGCACUUUUAAUUUUUUUAACGGCUAUUUUUUCUGUAUAUAAAAGUUUAGAAAACCCAUAUAUGAGGGAUAAUGAUAAUAUAAAUUCCUUUACUUUACAAUUUAUUUCUGUUUCAUUCAUCGGGUUAUAUACAAUUUCUCAAAUUUCUAUUUUUAGAACUAUGCCUUAUCAUCCUUUAGAAUAUUUAGGAUACAUAAUAAAAAAUAUUGGUGAUGAUAUACUUUCUAUUAUGAAAAAAGUGUGGAAUUUUUUAUCUUAA